GCUGCCCUUUCGACCAUUUUGUGUAUGGUAUAGUGAGGUAUCAUCUGUACAAGGAUCUGAUUACUUCCGAGGCAAACCUCCUCUUUGAUUAGGAUUGGGGCCAUAUAACGGUAAGCGCAAAGAAAGUUUAACAUGGAGGACCCUAAUCUACAGAUGAGACAGACUGGUUUGGAUUUCAACUACUUAAAAAGUGUACCAGGACUUCUUAAAAUUUUGGAAAUUCUUGGCCUUCUGUUAGCAUUUGCCUGCCUUUCUGGCUUUACACUGCAUUACACCGACUCUCGAUAUGGUGGAAGAUUUGACUUCUUUUACUUUGCAACCAUCACAUCAUGGCUGGUGGUAAUAUUUCUGUUCAUCUUGUUUUUGCUCCGGCUUUAUGAGAGGAUCGCUAUCAACUGGAACUUUUUUAUGGCAGUAUACUCCCCUGUUACUGCCUUUCUUUUGUUACUAGCCUCAUCUCUUGUCCUUGAUACUGCUAUACACUUGAGAAGAGCUGAGAACAAAGAUGGAAGUGGAGCGUAUUUUAGGGUCUGCACUGUAGAACCUUGUGGCAAUGUUGAGGCAGCUGGGGCAUUUGGAAUCAUUACAAUGGUGUUGUUUGCUGUGGAUACUGUACUGUUCUGCUUGAAGAACAGGAACACAUCGGCAGCAAAGCAGCAAACAUCAUUUGAGGGAGAUAAUAAUGAUGAUGGUCAACCUGUGGAGUCAACUGGAGCAGAAUAUUAACUGAAUACGUACUUGGGGUUAUUUAGCAAUUCAGAGGCUCAUAAUACCCAUGUUAGUGUAACGUUUAAUACGUUUAAUUUUAAGAAUUUGACAUCUCAAGGGUUGGAUCCAGGAAUGCUUCGAAAGGAGUGACCCAAUAUUCCUUCUUGACCAACCUACCUCUGCAAACCCUCCCCUCUUUCCCCUCACACACUCAGUUACAUGAACAAAGAAAUUCAGCCAGUUAAGAGGUUAUCUUAUGUGAUCUUGUCAUGGCAAGAACUUUAGAGAUCUUGGGAUCUGCUACUGCACCUAGAAAGCAUGAACUUUGAUCAGUGUUCGUACAUCCCCUCAAUCAGUGAUUUAUUUAUCUGAAUCUUCUCUACGAUAAUAUUUUUUAUUUUUAGAGAAGUAUAGAUAACCCUCCUCAUUUAUCAGGUGCACCCUGUGUGGUUAUCAUAAUUGUAUACCCAUAGAACCGAUGGGUCUUAUCAUUCAUUGUUUUUAAUUGCUUUUGAGGUGUCAAAGUUCUGAUAAUCGAGUGUAACUUUUGAGAUGACAAUUAUUGAAGUAUUUAUUAAAUAUUUUUAGGUUCUAUUUUUACUGAGUAACUGGCAUUACCCUGGCCGCCUGUCGCCGUUAGUUGCGCAGGUAAUCUAAUUUAAGCUUUUACCAGAUCCUUUAAACAAUUUUCUUGAAAUAAGUAAAACAGCAGGUGAGAGUAGAAAAUGCUUCUCUAAUAUGAAUGUUUGGUUGCGAUGGCUCAGUAUUAUGUCUUCUUGAAAUAUUUUUUCUGAUGUUUUAACUAUUGUUUCUAACGUAUUUAAGAAUGCGCUGAUGUAGAUAUUUGUAAAUCAGGUUAACUUAACAGUGAUGAGCUUAAAUCAUUUGAUUUGAUUAUGAUAUGUUAUAGUUCACGUUUUGUGCAUACGCUGCGUGUAGCUGGCCAUGGAGAACAAAGAUAUGUAGUGAAAAGUCACUCCAAAACGUAUUGUAAUAUACAGUUCUUAACUACAAGAGUACUUUAAUGCUAUCUCUAAGACGACUCGCAUUCCUUUGAUACCGCACAUACAGAAGAAACUUAAAAAUUUGAACCUCCGUCGGUAAUCUCUAUCUUUGGUUUCAAAUGUAAAUAAUGUUAAAGAGAGAUCAUGACUUUCUUUUGCUUUGCAAUUAUGAAAUACAGCUGAACCUGUGUUAAGUGGUCACCCAUGGGGAAUUGUGGGCUGAUAACUAAUGACAGGUUCCACAGAAUAGGGGUAUAAAAAACGAUGAAAAAACGUUAUUUUAUGCCAUAAUUGACCACUGAAUGUACAAACACUGGCUCAAAAAAUACUUCUAACCCUGAUGUCUGGAGAUAAACAUGAAUUAGAUUUCACAUGAUAGAUUAUUCUUAGUUUUAUUUGAGUGGUUCCUCUCUCAGUGACCGUUUAAUAUAAGUGGCAGGCAAUACAAACAAUGAGGCUGUUGGGACUCUGUCGAGGGGGGCCACGACCGCUUAAUAUGUGUGAAAAUUACACUAAUUAAGAGGACUUUGGAAACCGACCGCUUAUAUAGGGUGACCGCUUAAUACGAUGUACUUAAUGAUGUACAGUUUCGACUGAAUCUACUCAGAGUAUAACUUUGUAUUCCUGUUUAGUUUUGGUUUUUCAUAUUGGGCACGAAUAGCCGUAAUUACUCGGUGUGUUAAAAUAUAAGCUCGAGACUGUCGUUAGUGCUUUAAUGAUAAGCAUACUUAAACACAGGUUGUGUAAUGAUCGGGAAAUUAAGAAUGCAGAAUUUCUAGUUCAUUUGCAAACGGGAAAAUCCGUUUAUUGACUGCUGAAUUUCAACCAUAUGAGUGACGUGUGUGCUAUUCAAACUUCACGUUCUGGAUUAAAGUAUGAACAAUUUUUUCAAAUGGCAA